ACACUGAAUGCAUUGAAUACACACUUUUGGCGACUAAUAGUGUCUUACGUUUUGAUUAUUUGUUUAAUUAAUGUUAUAUUAAUUUAUUAAUUACUUAUUAAGUCAAUCAUUACGUAAAUCAAUGGCUUAUUGUUAGCAUUAAUAGCCAUUGAUAUCAACACUAAUGAUGACAACACCAUCAAUGAGUUGUCAUUUCUUGAAGCGUUUGAUUUGAUUGAAAUCAAAAUUGAAUUAACAUUUGAUUACAAUUUGUAUGCAAUGAUUGUCACUGAAAUGGCAUACAAUCGCAGACCUAAUAUCUUAAGCCUCAGAGAACAGCCGAAGUUAAUGAAAGCUAUUGUUAAGAAAGACAAGUUAUCAGUGACUCGUCUUAUAGAGAAUGAAGAAGAUGUCAACAGAUGUGAUGUCGACAGAAGAACACCUCUUCAUUUGGCUGCAGCUCUCGGUUGUUAUUCAAUUGUUGAACUAUUGAUAGAGUCGGGCGCACGAGUCAAUGCCCGCGACAAUGAUUGGGUUAGUCCUGUCCAUAGGGCCUGUCGUAACAACCGAGACGAGAUCGUCUCUCUAUUGUUGGCCAACGGAGCCGAUGCAAACACACGCGACCGUCAAUGGAUUACUCCGAUGCACGUGUGCGCCGCCAACAAUGGUCUUGAAUGCGCUCGACUCCUACUGCCACGGAUUAACUCAAUCGAUACUUCCGAUCGGAUGGGAUGCACUCCUUUACAUCACUCGGUUUACAAUUCACACUUGGAUUUGACAACAUUUCUGUUGACAAACAAAGCUCAGGCCAACGCUUUUGACAAAUGCGAGCGAAGACCUAUUCAUUAUGCAGCCGUUGUUGACAAUACAGAUGCCAUUCGCUUUCUGGUUGAGAAGGGAGGGGCCGAAGUGAAUGUUCACGACAAGGAUCUAAUGACACCAUUACAUAUGGCUGCAGCCAAAGGAUCAAUUAAUGCUCUUCAGUUAUUAUUGGAUUUGGGCGCUAAAAUCGAUGCCAUUGAUGCUUACGGUAAUUCAGUAGUUCAUUGGGCGUCAAUCUAUGGACAGGACGACAUACUGGAUGAGCUAAUUUUAAGGGGCGCUUAUUUGGGUUGUGUUAAUCAUAACGGUAUUACACCUCUUCAUUUGGCUGCCGCUUCUUCAUUAGGUGCCAGUGCUUUGGAUGUAUUAACGAUUCAUAAAACUCAUAUUGAUGUCAACUCACGCGACAAAUAUGGUAGAACUCCGCUUCAUUUUGCAGCAAAAUAUGGCGGACAAACCAGAAUUUCUGAUUUAAUUCGAUGCGGAGCUGAUCCUAAUAUUGUGGAUAAAUGGUUGGCUACACCAUUACAUUAUGCCUCACUUCACGGACACACAUCAAUUGUUGAUACCUUGCUAUCCAUAGCCAAAGCUGAUGUCAAUUUAAUAGACACGAACGGUAUGAGUCCAUUGCACUAUUCGUCUUUUGCUGGUAUCUCGAGUGCCACCAAACGAUUGUUGGCCUCAAACGCUAAUUCCCAAAUUUGUGAUACCUGUGGCCGAACGGCACACUUUUUGGCCGCAUAUUCCGGAAACAUAGAAUGCCUGCAAUCACUUAUGCCUUUACCCGAACGUCUUAAAGAUGCCUCAAACCGAUCGUUAUUACAUUACGCCUCCUCUGCUCACAACUCUGAAUGUCUCGAGCUUUUGCUCAGAAAUUUUAGAGAAAAAUUUAAUAUUAAUGAACGCGAUAUCAAUGGUAUGACUGCUCUUCACUUUGCUUGUGCUCAAGAAGAAGAUGACAAUCAAUGUGUUAACCUAUUGUUAGAAUUUGGAGCAAAAGCUGAUAUUCCCGAUAAUAACGGUUAUCUUUGUUUACAUUACGCCGCAGCCAAUGGCAAUACCAGUGCUGUUCAAUCUUUGAUAUUAUCUUUUGACUGGAAAGAUGUCAAAAUGAUUGUUUCGCCCACACAUUGCGCUGCCUUUUAUGGCCGACAAGAAGCGCUUCAAUUAUUAAUGGAAAUGUUUUAUCACGACAUCGGACAGGCCUUAGAGUACGCUAUAUUCAGAGAGCAUAACAUUUGUGUGAAGAUUAUAUUAGAUUUCUUAAUUGAUAAUCCGAGCCUUAAAUUUAUUUCUCAUAUCAUAAAUCAGUCGCUGUUAGUGUCGGCACAGUUUGCAUUUCGUGAUACUCUUAACGUUUUCUUGAAUUAUAUCAAAAAUAUUGAUAUUACUGAUAACAGAGGACGAACACCAUUAAUGUUGGCCGCACUCAAUGAGUCGGGUGCUGACUGUGUCGAGCUUUUAUUGAAAAGAAAUGCCAAUCCAAAUGCCAUUGAUUUUCAAAAACGAUCGCCACUUUUCUAUGCCAUUUAUGCCAACUGUGAGGAAUCCGUCAAAUCUUUGUUAUUAUAUGGAGCUCUGCCUCAAAACCGAUGCCUAAAUGGCAAAAGUGCCUAUCAUUUUGCCGCAUCUAUUGGACACUACAAUAUCCUUUGGAACUUAUUGAAUGCAAAUCCAAACCUAACCCCAGAAGCUCUUACAGAUAAUGAAGGUCUGACUCCAAUACAUUGGGCAACACUUAAAUCACAGAACAGAGCGUUAAGUACUUUAUUAGAGUUCGAAACAUUGAAACAAUUUAAGGGAAACAAAACAACACCUUUGCAUUUGGCCGCCUUCUCAUCGAGUAUUGAAUGUUUUCAAUCUUUGUUAUCUCAUUAUGGAAUUGAAAGUUUAUUAUUAAUGGACAAUAAAAACAGGAGUAUUUUACACUUUGCUUGUAUGGCAAAUGCUUACAAUAUGACGAUAUUGGACAUCCUUGUUAGUAAUGGUGUUGAUAUCGAUAGUGUGGACAGCGCUGGUCAGACACCACUGAUGUAUGCUUCUAAACGAGGACUGAUUGAAACAGUGGAGUAUUUGCUAUCUAAAGGCGCAAACGUGAAAGCGAUAGACAAUAAGCAAAACAAUGCUUUGCAGUUGUCUUGUAUUUAUAGUCGAGAAGAAUGUGGUAUAAAAUUGUUAAAGUCGUGCCAUUCUUUGGUCAACUCAGUUAAUGGUGAUCUCAAAACACCUUUACAUAUAAGCGCUGCCAAUGGCUUAGUAAAGCUGACCCAAGAGUUAUUAUUGACGGGCGCGUCGGUCAAUGUUGUGGACGCUGAGGGACUGACGCCAUCACUAUGUUGUGCCAAAAAUAGUGAAGUCGGCGACUGUCUGAUGCUUAUUGAGUCGAUUAUGUUGAUAGAAGUGGAGCCACAAAACCUGCAACAGAGCCGAACCAAAUCAUUGUGUGAUAUGGAAAGUGCCUCAACUCUAGAGUCGCGGCAAUCAAUUAUCAAACGAAAAAGUGCUCAAAUCUCUUGUGAUAACAACACUCCCGAUGUCUCUCUCAAUAACGUAUCCGAAGCUCACAACAGCUCUGACUCUGAUUUCUAUUAAAACACAUGUUUUACUCAUUUCUAGUCACUUAUGGCUUUGUUAUUAUUGAUAAUUACCAUAACUUGAAGUAUAAUAUUACGGUAUUAUAGUGUUAUAUCACAAUUUACGGUAAUUACAGUACUUUUAUUUAGUGUUUCGUUAAUUUUCUUAAUCAACAAUAUCUAUAAAUACCUCAACUUUAGAUCCGACACUUAAUUACUAUAUUUCAUGUUAUUUUCUAAUUUAAAAUUAAACGAUUACUGAAUUUUUUAAAUGACUGUAAUUCCGUCGAUAUAAUGGAUAGAUUUAUAAAUAUUGUAUACUAUUAUAUAAUAUAAUA